AUGACGGAUGAAACUAAUCUGUUUCUAUCAAAACUUGUUCUCCACGGAGAAUCAAUUCUCGCUGAAAUAUUCCGAUUAUCAAGUUUCGUGCCGAAAGAUUUCAAAGAUCCAACAAAAUCGACGAAAUUCCGGAGUUUAGUGCAACUCGAUUUCAAAUAUUUGAGUAAAAAGGAACAAAUCGAGAAGGAAUUGGAGAAAGACCUCCGUCUUCAAUCACUUUUUUACUCAACUUUCGAACCGGUUCUCAUCGCUUUCGAGCAGCUAUUCUCGUCGAUUUCUGAAUUUGUUCAAACAUUUUCAAGUUAUGCACUGGAAAUUCAGGCGAUUCAGUCAGGAGACAGAAUGCAUAAUAUAAAUAGAACAUCUGAGUUAGAGGCGUACUGUCUGUAUAUAUCAGGCCUACUCAUUAUCUAUCUCGACACCUAUCUUCCUGCUCCGAUUCGAGAGAGAAUCUACGUGGCGAUUUAUAGGAAAAGCGAUGAGAGAGUGAAUGCAGAGUUUUUGGUCGACUUUCUGAAAGCCACGGUUCCGGGAAAUGAUUCUAUGAUAAGACGAAUUCCUCUUCCUGACUCAUUCAUUCGUUCCAUUCUCCACACUAUUGAAGUAAUGGAAGCGUCCUCUCUCCAAACCCCACGAGCCCAUCUGAUGUACGUUGCUCUUCAAUUCGAUCGACAACUUCUCACUAAUGACGUGGCGAAAAUGACGAAAAUUGUGAAUUCGAUUUUUAGAGAAACUUGGGUAAUAAAUUUGGAAUUCGGAGUUAUUGCCAACGUGUUCGACGGGUGGUAUAACUAUAAAGCGGCUUGGAAUGCGUUGAAUGCAACGAUAACUCAACAAGAAGCUCAUCGAAUUCUGGAACAUCAUCGGAAAGUUGUAAUGGAUACCGGGUUUCCACAGGUAAUCAAUGAAAUGGUCCAUUUCGAUCAACACCUCCAACAAAUCACUUCCUAUAAUCGAUCCCUCAAAUGGCUCUUUCUCCACUCCCGACCAUCCCAGAAGACAACUCGUCCUCUCAAGAACCGCCCUCUCACUGACGAUCAGCUAUUCCAAUGGCUUCUCGAUGUCUCGAGAUGUGAAAUUCUUCUGUUGAAUCUCUACACGGCGACUCUUGAAAAUCGAGAGGACGAAGGAUCGAAACGACAACAGAAAAUCCGAACGCUUUUGAAUCAACUCGCCGAUUUUUUCGAGCACGGAUUUGUGAAAAUGAGUGAUACGCAGAAAACGAAUUUUGUGAAAUGGGUUCGGAAUUUGAGUGAAACUGUGGAGAAGAUUGAUUUGAAGAUGACGGAUGAGAGUAUUGAGACGGUGCAGCAGAUUAUUAGGAGGGUUAAACAGGUUGGCGAUCUCCUCGGUCUCUCCAUCAACAUGACACUCAAAGAAUGUCUCACAACUCUCGAUUCAGAGCUACGCGCUCUUCUGUCAGUCCUCUCUCUUUCUGAUUCAAUUGUUCCUGAUGUCUACUCCAAAAUGGAAUCCACUUACCUGUGGCCCCUCAUUUCUCAAUUGAUCCCUCGAAUCCAACAGAAUCUUGUAUCCACAUCGAACACUGACGUCGUCAGACAGAUAUUUACGAAGCUCUCCAUCUCGUGUUGGAUUCUGAAACUGAAGCUCUCAUACUUCUCGGAUAAGGAUAAUGUGGCAAAUCGGAUAGCGAAUACGUACUCGUAUUCCCUCGAGAAACAUCUGAAAACAGUUCUCCAAUCGGUUCCACAACACAUUUUUGGAAUAAUGUAUAGAGUGAUUAUGCCGGGAUUGGGGAAGACUUUUGAGCCGUAUAUUGAGAAGACUGAGCUCCGAGAUAUUGCUGAAUUUGUGACAAAUUCUAGACUAGUUGAGACGACUAGUCUUCUCGCGAAUACGAGUAUGGGAAUAUCGAGAAUGAUGUUGACACGAGUGGGAACUAUUGAGAUUAAUCCGAAGGAGCUACUGGAAGAAGGAAUGAUCCGUCAAUUGUACAAAGAAAUCAAGAAAAUGAUGUCAGGUCCAUCGGCGGCGUCUUCGAUUGAAAAUCUCAUAAAAACUUGUGAAAACAUUGAAACAAUGCGUGCCUCUUUCUCAUAUAUCUGUGAUUAUAUGAACCUCGAUGGUGAACGUAUUUGGAGUGUUGCAAUGGACGAUUAUUUCAGUCGAAUCUCUGAGGAAAGAGCGUUUGCGAAAAGUUCGGGAGAUCUGGAACAGAAUGAUAUUGCUGAUUUAUUCAUUAGGAUUACCAAUCCAAAAGCAUCGAGAUAUUCAGAAGGUUCGAUGAGUUGGAAAGAUCUGAAAAUGAGCAAGACACUUCUGUCAUUUGAUGUAUUUGAUAGAAUUGAGAAGAUUGUUCCAUUUUAUAUUCUUACAAGUAUUGAGACAAAUGUUACUGUUGAGUUGGAGAAGAUUCUGAUAGACUAUGUAUCAACUGCCCGUAAACUAGGUGUCACUUUCAAUCUUCAAAGUUCUGUCAGUCAUGAAAAUGCCUAUCAAUUCUUCGCUGGGCCGAAUUAUGAACGACUUGUGAAGGCUAUACAACCACAGGCGGUCGCGUUGGCUACUGUAUUGGCACAGAUUGGACAACUCGUGAUGCUUCUCAAAAUGAUAUGUAAUUCGAAACAACUCGCCAAUCGCCACAAGGAAGAUAGUAUUCAGAGAGAUUUGAUUGAGAUCAAUAAAUCAAUGGCCCGUGAUCCAACGAACCUCCCCUCUGAAAUGGAUACAAUUCUGAAACUAAUGAUGCAAUAUUCAUUAUAUAACCCAGAACGAAUGAUAUUCCGACUGAAAGAUGAACCAUCUCCGCUGUUUAUGAUCGCACUCGUUCAAUGUGUUCUCCCGAAAAUCGGCGAUCCGUAUUUCGUUUGCCCAGCUCAAUUGGAAGUUGGAAUUCGUCUAGUUCUUCGUCAGUCUCGUCUUCUUCCAUAUUUCCUUCCAAUCAUUCAAGAACAACUUCCACAAAGCACUCGACCGAAGAAACGUGUCAGCGAUGUCGAUCGAUUCUUGAGACAACUCAUCUUAAAUUUGUAG